AUGGCCGCGCGCCGUCUGCCCGCCGUCUGCAAAAGGCUGUCUUCGUCGUCCGCAACCUCGACGUUCACCGCCAAAGCCGUCCCUUCCAAGGCCCACCUCCACCAGCCCAUUCCUGAUGCCUCCUUUCCCCAGGGCUACGCCCUCGCCGGCGUCCACUGCGGCGUGAAAAAGGACCCGAGCGCCCUCGACCUCGCCGUCCUCCUCUCGACCUCCCCGCGCCCGACGUCCACCGCCGCGUGCUUCACCCGCAACGCGUUCAGGGCCGCCCCGGUGACAGUGUCCCAGGAGGUGCUUACCGGGAGCGCCGGCCGUGCCCGCGCACUCGUCGUGAACAGCGGUUGUGCAAACGCCGUGACAGGCAAGCAGGGGCUCGACGAUGCGUGGGCGAUGGUCCGCGCGACGGACACGCUGCUCGUGCCGCCUCCGCCCCCGCGCGCCAAUGCGACGCUCGUGAUGUCGACAGGCGUCAUCGGACAGACCCUCCCCAUCGCUAACAUCCUCGCCGGCAUCCACGCCCUGUCCCCCUCCACGCCCCCAUCUCCUUCUGCGCCCUCUGCGAUCCUCGGGGCAGGCUUCCCCGCAUGGGAGCGCUUCGCGCGCGCGUUCAUGACGACGGACACAUUCCCAAAGCUGCGCGCGCGCACGUUCGCGCUCGGCGGGCGCACGUACCGCCUCGCGGGCGUCGACAAGGGCGCGGGCAUGAUCCACCCGAACAUGGCCCCGCACGCGACGCUCCUCGGGUGCAUCGCGACCGACGCCGCCGUCUCCCCGCGCAGCCUGCAGUCCGCGCUCGCGCACGCCGUCGACCGCAGCUUCAACUCGAUCAGCGUCGACGGCGACAUGUCGACGAACGACACGAUCGUCGCGUUCGCGAACGGCGCUGCGGCAGGUGAGGAGGGCGCCGCGGUCGAGGAGAUCGAUGAGGAGCGCGAUCGUGCGGGAUACGAGGCGUUCCGGGACGAGCUCACGAGCUUCGCGCAGGAUCUGGCGCAGCUAGUCGUGCGGGAUGGAGAGGGCGCAACGAAGUUCGUCACCGUCUCUGUUGAUGGCGCGACGACGUACGAAGACGCUCACAAGAUAGCAGCGCGGAUCUCCACCUCCGCGCUUGUCAAGACUGCGCUCUACGGCGAAGACGCAAACUGGGGCCGCAUCCUCGCCGCAACCGGCUCCAUCCCGCUCUCGACGCCCCUCGACCCCACGCGCGUCAGCGUCUCCUUCAUCCCCACCGAUGGCUCCUCGCCCCUCGCCCUCCUAGUCAAUGGCGAGCCCGAGAAGGUCGACGAGGUCCGCGCGAAGGAGAUCGUGAGCCUCGAGGACCUCGAGGUGCGUGUCGAGCUCGGGCUUGGGAGCGAGAGCGCCAAGUACUGGACGUGCGACUUCAGCUACGAGUAUGUCAGGAUCAACGGCGACUACAGGAGCUAA